UAGUGGUAGUUGUAGAAUCCUCCAUCAAGGGGGAGACGUAAAUGCAAAAAUCUACAAUGGUAAAUAAAAGUUAAUAACAGUGAGCAAUAAAAGGAAUACAAAAUGGAACGACGGCGACAAAAUCCAACCGCAAACAGAAGAAGGCCGUUGUGGCGACCUAUGGCGACGCAAGGGGAAGCCGGCGGCGGUGAUGGUUCGGCGAAGGCUGUAGUGGCCGAACAAAUAUCGCAGACGGUGCAAUCCACGUCAAACCUUCUUCACCUCAUGCAACAGUCUUCUCCAUCUCAGGCUAAACUUGUUAAGCUUCCCAAGAACUUAUUGGCAAAGGUUUCCACUAUCAAGAACACAGAACAGGUUUUAGAGCAGUUGCCUCGGGUAAUAUCAUCUCUGGAUGCACAUAUGGAAAAUGGGUUGCAAAAUGUUCCACAACUGAAGACUGUAGUUCAGUUACUUGCAAAUAUGGAAAGUAGCCAGCUUAGUUCUCUAUCCCGAACUCAUGUUCUUGAUAAGAAGAAAGAAAGGAAGGACAGUUUUUUAAAGAAAAUCUUGUGCGCGAGGAACAUGAACCAGGAAACCAAUCUCAAGGGACGGAAUAAUGGAGCUUUUGUUGUUUGGGAGUUUGACCUAUGAUCAAUUUGUGCAGAAUUUUCGGAAGUUUUGACUAAUCAUUCUUGAUUUUUUUAUAGCAGCUAUGUUCUCGUGUCUAUCUGCAAAUCAAAUAACAAAGUGCUGCCCUACCUUCCGAAAACGUAAAUGGUAAUUCAAGUGUAGAAAGCUCUCAAUAUUAGAGUUAUGGCAAUGUGCCAAGUUUCCAAGUGGGAAUAUUGUUCAAUGAGUUCAAGGUCAGAUCUUGAUUGAUCCAAUGAUUACUAAUAUUUGGUCAAUCAAAUUCGUAGCAAACAUUGAUAUGUCUAGCUAAAUAAUUUUGUAUUUAACUGCCAGACCAACAUGUUUUACUCUUGGCCCAAGUAAUUUUGCAAUGAACAUACCAAGAUGGUGUUUGUUAGCGGGCUUAA